AGAGCUGAGCAGUCUGGCCAGUCAUCAUGUCGCGCUACGGACGAUACGGAGGAGAGACCAAGGUUUAUGUCGGUAACCUGGGAACUGGUGCUGGCAAAGGAGAGUUAGAAAGGGCUUUCAGUUACUAUGGCCCUUUAAGAACUGUGUGGAUUGCAAGAAAUCCUCCAGGAUUUGCCUUUGUGGAAUUUGAAGAUCCCAGAGAUGCAGAAGAUGCAGUGCGAGGACUAGAUGGAAAGGUCAUCUGUGGUUCCCGUGUGAGAGUUGAGCUAUCAACAGGCAUGCCUCGACGGUCUCGGUUUGAUAGACCUCCUGCCCGACGUCCCUUUGAUCCUAAUGAUAGAUGCUAUGAGUGUGGAGAAAAGGGACAUUAUGCUUAUGAUUGUCAUCGCUAUAGUCGACGAAGAAGAAGCAGGUCAAGGUCUAGAUCACAUUCAAGGUCCAGGGGAAGGCGAUACUCUCGCUCACGCAGUAGGAGCAGAGGACACAGGUCUCGGUCUGCAUCUCCUCGAAGAUCAAGAUCGGUGUCUCUUCGUAGAUCAAGAUCAGCUUCACUCAGAAGAUCUAGGUCUGGUUCCAUAAAAGGAUCGAGGUAUUUCCAAUCUCGGUCACGGUCAAGAUCAAGAUCCAGGUCUCUUUCACGACCAAGAAGCAGUCGUUCCCCAUCAGGAAGUCCUCGGCGAAGUGCAAGCCCUGAGAGAAUGGACUGAAGUUCUCAAGUUCACCUUUUAGGGAAAAAAGUUAUUUUGUUUACAUUAUUAUAAGGGAUUUGUGAUAUCUGUUAAGUAUAACCUAGGAAAAGGUUUUUCAACCAUCUAAUCAAAAUGGAUCUGGAUAAUUACUCUGUAAAUCACAACAGUAAGAAUACGCAUUUUUGGUGAAUGUAUUAACAUCCUAUGAUCUGAAAAUGGGUUUUUGACACAUUUAAAUAAAAUGUUUCAACCUAGAACAUUGAUUUGUGUUGAAUAACUUCAAUUUGGUGAAUGUUAGGAGUCAAAUGUGAUAAUUAACUAUAUUCAUGCAAAGUUUGAUGGUGUUUAAGUCCUAAACAUCAUUUAACUGUUCUGUGUAU